AUGUUUAACCCUCUCCCACCAAUAGAGCCUAGGGACUCCCAUACCCUAUGGUACUCAUCCUCGUACACAGGACGGUCUGCAGCCAACUCCUCCCAAAACACAACUUCCGGCGCGCAGCACCCACAACCUGGCCGUCGAAAUGGCCGGUCUCAAGGAACAAACACCCCUCUCUUCUCGGCUUCAUUUGAUCCGCUUUCUACACUACUCGCAGAAGAACGUGCCCUUACAUUACGAAAACAGAACAUUGCGUCCUUUGGAUUUUCAUGGAUUCGGCCCGCUGGUUUCCCUAAGACCAUGAUGGGCCUGCGAGAAGAAGAGAUGGAGUGCGAGGAGGGUGCCGGCGGGGGGUUAGGCGAGGGCGAUAUAGAAGAAGAAGAGUUCAUGGAAGGAGUUGAAGGCGGUGAAGGAGGAUUGGGGCUGGAUGGUGCUGGGGAGGGUGUAGAAGGGGAUGCUGGCAUGGAGAGAGAUUUGGACGGUGAUAUACCCGAUGGCGACGGGGAAGGGUUUGGGCUGGUAGAGGAAGGCGAAGAAGGAUAUGAAGAUGAAGAGGAAGAGUUUCUGGAUGAGGAAGAAGAAGGGAUGAUGGAAAGAGAUCUAGAUGACGAUGUCCCCGAGGCUCCGGACGCGGACGAAGAGGAUGAAGACGAGGAUGGAGACGAAGAUGACGAAGAAGACGAAGAAGACGAAGAAGAUAGAUACGGUGACACUAGUGAGGUGCGUACACCGAAUAAUAAUACUAGGACUCCUGGUGAGUCGAAUAUGAUGAUGGAGCGGGAUCUAGACGGCAGCGUCCCGGAUGCGCCACAGGAGGCUCCCUCUCAACAACAGGAAUGGGAACAUACAGACUCUGAUGAAGAUGUCUAUGACGAAGACGAUGACGAAGAUGGGGAAGAAGAAGAAGAAGAAGAAGGGGAAGGUGAAGAUGAAGGCACGGAUGAAGGCCAUUCGAGGUUAAGCUGGGCCAGCCUACCUCCAGGAUAUAUACCCCAUCUCACACCCUCAGGGCCGCGGCGAGAAACCGAAGCUGAACGAUUGUUCAUUGAACGGUGGGGAGGGAAUGAUGACAGUAUAGACAUUGGGUCCAGCGACAUGCUGCCGGCGAACCCGCUGAGUAUAUCUCGACGACGAAGCCGGAGACAUGCGGACGAGGACUCUGACCUAGAAGAGAUGUGA